GAUGGCAGCCGCUAAUGGCCCGGGCUGGAGGGCGGAGCUGUCUGGCCUUUAGCCCUUCAUCCUUGGUUAAGGAAAUGACCAACCAGUACAGUAUUCUCUUCAAACAAGAGCAAGCCCAUGAUGAUGCCAUUUGGUCAGUUGCCUGGGGGACAAACAAGAAAGAAAACUCUGAGACGGUGGUCACAGGAUCCCUGGAUGACCUGGUGAAGGUCUGGAAAUGGCGCGAUGAGAAGCUGGACCUACAGUGGAGUCUGGAGGGCCAUCAGCUGGGUGUGAUGUCUGUGGACAUCAGCCACACCCUGCCCAUUGCUGCGUCCAGUUCUCUUGAUGCUCAUAUUCGUCUCUGGGACUUGGAAAACGGCAAACAGAUAAAGUCUAUAGAUGCAGGACCUGUGGAUGCCUGGACUUUGGCCUUCUCUCCUGAUUCCCAGUAUCUGGCCACAGGAACUCAUGUGGGGAAAGUGAACAUUUUUGGUGUGGAAGGUGGGAAAAAGGAAUAUUCUUUGGACACAAGAGGAAAAUUCAUUCUUAGUAUUGCAUAUAGUCCUGAUGGGAAGUAUCUGGCCAGUGGAGCCAUAGACGGAAUCAUCAAUAUUUUUGAUAUUGCAACCGGGAAACUUCUGCACACGCUGGAAGGCCAUGCUAUGCCCAUUCGCUCCUUGACUUUUUCCCCGGAUUCGCAGCUCCUUGUCACUGCUUCAGAUGAUGGCUACAUCAAGAUCUAUGAUGUACAACACGCCAACUUAGCUGGCACAUUGAGUGGCCACGCAUCCUGGGUGCUGAACGUUGCAUUUUGUCCGGAUGACACACACUUUGUUUCCAGCUCAUCUGACAAAAGUGUAAAAGUGUGGGAUGUUGGAACGAGGACUUGUGUUCACACCUUCUUUGAUCACCAGGAUCAGGUCUGGGGAGUAAAAUACAAUGGAAAUGGCUCAAAAAUUGUGUCUGUCGGAGAUGAUCAGGAAAUUCACAUCUACGAUUGUCCAAUUUAAACAUCAGUCUUCCAGGCUAAUCCUGCAGAAAGAAUGUAUAGAUUGAUCAUGACAUUCCUUACCUUUCUAGCUUGUUUAAAAGAAAUAUAGCAUUUAUUGUAGCAAACACUUAAAUUUUGUAGAUACAGUAUAAAUCUUUUCAUGUUUUAUUGGAAAUGCCAUUCAUACUGUAACAUAAAGUGUUCUUAAUGCAAACACCCAUGUUCUUGAACAUGCUUCGUUUUCAUUUGCCCUGUUACUGGUAGAACAGUGAAUCAGCAUCAUUAUGUGAAACCGAGUAUCUGCCUCAGAAAUGAAGACAUCCAGGCACUUACUGAACUUUCCAGUACAGAAAUUCAGGCUCACUCUUCCAAGGAGUGAGUCAUGCAGAAGCUGUAAGAGGAAAGCUAAUCUAUUUCAGAAUGGGAUCCUGAAGGAAACAGGAUAUGUGACUGGGUGGGAACAUUCUGUAGUCCUAUCUGGGCAUUCUUCUAUUUGAUAGAUUAAAAAAUGUCCCCUGUCACACUCUUUUUCACCCUAUUAAUUUUAGAGAAGCUGUAACUUGCUGGGUGGGUAUUACUGCCUUAACAGUGUCUACAGGCUCAAAUCUGUACUCACUCUGGUUGACCUCUUGCCUGGAGGUACGUGUACCUCAGUUUUCUCCUCAGCGGCCCACUUGAGACAUGGUCUGCGUGUAAUGGGAAAGGUGUAAGUAGCUAACCCUCCAAAGUUUGUUGCUUUUUACUGAUCAUAACUUCAUAUGAUUCAUGUCAGGUCCUGUGCUUUUCUUCCAAACUCCCCAUAACCCUUAGAAUCAAGCCCAUGCUCUUUAGGUAGCCCCUCGCUUCUCUCUCCUGCCUCUUUGCCUUGUUCACCCUCCUGUAACCACAUAGCCCUGGCCAUUUCCUCUGCCUAGAAUGUUUCUUCCUCAGACCUUUAGAGGUCUCACUGCUUUCAGGUAGCUGCUCAGGGGUCAGCUCCCAGUAGAGGCCUUCCCCUGGUCCCUUUCCCAUUACUCUUUCUUCACUGCAGUCAUCAUUGUGUGAUGUUUGUAUUUAUCCCCACCCCCCAAAUAUAAGCUCCGUGAGAGUGGAAACUUCAUUCCAUUAUAUCAUCCAAUAUGAGGCAAACUGGCACUUAGCACUGGUCAUUGGAGCUGAGAAAAUUUUUUAAAAAAACAAACAAAACCAUCUGUCUCUCAUACCAGCUCAAUUUUAAUUUUAAAGUGACAAAUAUACAGGUGGAAUAAAUUUUAAGCAACACCCUUCAAAUUCUCUACAUGACAAGGAGCUGAAUGUUAUUUUGCCUCAUCAUCAACUAGAGUUUUCUAGCAAUAAUUUAUUAGGAAGUCACAGCACAGAAACAGAACACCCUGGAGUUGUGGUCCAUUUGUCAAUUGAUUUUCAUAUAGGCUUAGCUGGAAGAAUAGGUUUUAUGUCUUUCCUGACUGAUGGUCGAAGUGGGACAUUUUGAGCAAAUUAUGCCCACCCACUAGCCAGCUGGAGCCUGGUCCAUCCGCUGGACCUACCUGCCAUGGGUCUCAUCUACCCUUUGGCCCUCCUCGGGAGGUCCCUGGUCUGAGUCAAACUCUCAGAUACUGUAUAACCAAUAAGGGUGGAUCUGAAAAGUGGCCUCUGUUUAACCCAGCAGCUUAGAAGGCAGGAGUUUUUCUUCAUGACUGUUGUGGGAACGAAAGGAGCAGUAAUGGCUAAAGGUUGAGGUAACCCUAAAUUUAAAUUGUAGUCUACCUGCCGGGAGUUAAUGAAUAAUAUCCCUCCCAACAAGUUAUCAUUUACAGUGGUAGUCCAUACAGACUGCGGUCCAGAGUAGAACUUAAGUUCUCACUAAAACAUUAUCCCUUGAGCAGGAAGCCCUUUGUGAUAUGGCUGUGCAAGGAGAGGAACCAUCCUUUGGAAGGGAGUUCAAUCUGGGAGAAUGAGGUGGAAAACACUGAGAUGUCCUCUGCCUUUCCAGACCCUCAAGUCAUCCAGGAUCACUGGUCAGACAGGGAAGCUGGCUGUGCCAUGGGGCUGAACCACCAGCAUCUCCUGUGGAUUCCGUUGCACUGAGGCUGCUGCGGACGUGGAUGGUUUCGUUAUCUUUACAAGUAAGCACUUUGGUGGGAGAGCGCUGCAAAGGCUGUCAACAGAAAAUAAAAACAAAAAACAAGGUGCGGGGGGCGCAGGCAGGCAGUUUUAUCAGCGUUUCAUUUAAAACACUGGUUUGUCCUCACCGCAAGGCCUGGAAGGUUCAGGAAG